GAAGUGGGCGCGGGCUGCGCGGAGUCGGCGCCUCCCGAUUGGCCGGCCGUCUGAGUGAUGGACAGGGUCCCGGGCUCCGCCCCCGCCGCUUUAUUGACACUAAUGAGCAAGUUCUUCCCACCGCUCUCCUGCCUGGAAGUGCUGACAGAUCAAGGCAACAAAUUUCAAUUACAAUCCCUAAUUUGUGUCCACAGAGUGUUUUUUACCCAUGUUAGUCCUCUCUGGCGCAUCAGUUGAGGCAGACCUCGGAGCAGCAGGAGGAGGUGGAAGGGGUGGGAGCAAAGGAGUGCAUCAGUGAGAGAGCACGCGAGAGACCCAGGGAAGGAGACUUGGCCGGCGCGUCGCCGGUUCCUCGGAUCCCAACACAAGCGAGAAAGAGGAAACGCCAAAUCUGUUUUUUGCCCGCGGUGGGGAAGGGGGCAGAUCUCGGGAGGCCCCGAGAGCCUAUUAGUUUUUGGUAGGGGAAGAGCGAGAGCGCGCGUGUGCCCGCGUGAGUGUAUAUGAGAGAGGGGCGGGCGGGCGCGGGGCGGGGGGGAUGGCCGAGAAGCGAAGGGGCUCGCCGUGCAGCAUGCUAAGCCUCAAGGCGCACGCUUUCUCCGUGGAGGCGCUGAUCGGCGCCGAGAAGCAGCAACAGCUUCAGAAGAAGCGGCGAAAACUGGGCGCCGAAGAGGCGGCGGGGGCCGUGGACGACGGAGGCUGCAGCCGCGGCGGCGGCGCGGGCGAAAAGGGCCCUUCUGAGGGAGACGAAGGCACUGCGCUCCCGCCGCCGGCUGGGGCGGCGUCUGGGCCGGCUCGGAGUGGCGCAGACCUGGAGCGCGGAGCCGCGGGCGGCUGUGAGGACGGCUUCCAGCAGGGAGCUUCCCCUCUGGCGUCACCGGGAGGCUCCCCGAAGGGGUCCCCGGCGCCCUCCCUGGCCCGGCCCGGGACCCCUCUGCCCUCGCCGCAGGCCCCGCGGGUGGAUCUGCAGGGAGCCGAGCUUUGGAAGCGCUUUCAUGAGAUAGGCACUGAGAUGAUCAUCACCAAGGCCGGCAGGCGCAUGUUUCCAGCAAUGAGAGUGAAGAUCUCUGGAUUAGAUCCUCACCAGCAAUAUUACAUUGCCAUGGAUAUUGUACCAGUGGACAACAAAAGAUACAGGUAUGUUUACCACAGCUCAAAGUGGAUGGUGGCAGGUAAUGCUGACUCCCCUGUGCCACCCCGGGUGUACAUUCAUCCAGACUCGCCUGCCUCGGGGGAGACUUGGAUGAGACAAGUGAUCAGCUUCGACAAGCUGAAGCUCACCAACAAUGAACUGGAUGACCAAGGCCAUAUUAUUCUUCAUUCUAUGCACAAAUACCAACCACGAGUGCACGUCAUCCGUAAAGACUGUGGAGACGAUCUUUCUCCCAUCAAGCCUGUUCCAUCCGGGGAGGGAGUAAAGGCAUUCUCCUUUCCAGAAACUGUCUUCACAACCGUCACUGCCUAUCAGAAUCAGCAGAUUACUCGCCUGAAGAUAGAUAGGAAUCCAUUUGCUAAAGGCUUCCGAGACUCUGGGCGCAACAGAAUGGGUUUGGAAGCCUUGGUGGAAUCAUAUGCAUUCUGGAGACCAUCACUACGGACUCUGACCUUUGAAGAUAUCCCUGGAAUUCCCAAGCAAGGCAAUGCAAGUUCCUCCACCUUGCUCCAAGGUACUGGGAAUGGCGUUCCUGCCACUCACCCUCACCUUUUGUCUGGCUCCUCUUGCUCCUCUCCUGCCUUCCAUCUGGGGCCCAACACCAGCCAGCUAUGUAGUCUGGCCCCUGCUGACUAUUCUGCCUGUGCCCGCUCGGGCCUCACCCUCAACCGAUACAGCACAUCUUUGGCCGAGACCUACAACAGGCUCACCAAUCAGGCUGGUGAGACCUUCGCCCCACCCAGGACUCCCUCCUAUGUGGGCGUGAGCAGCAGCACCUCCGUGAACAUGUCCAUGGGUGGCACUGACGGGGACACCUUCAGCUGCCCACAGACCAGCUUAUCUAUGCAGAUUUCAGGAAUGUCCCCCCAGCUCCAGUAUAUCAUGCCAUCACCCUCCAGCAACGCCUUCGCCACUAACCAGACCCAUCAGGGUUCCUAUAAUACUUUCAGAUUACACAGCCCCUGUGCACUGUAUGGAUAUAACUUCUCCACAUCCCCCAAACUGGCUGCCAGUCCUGAGAAAAUUGUUUCUUCCCAAGGAAGCUUCUUGGGGUCCUCACCGAGUGGGACCAUGACGGAUCGGCAGAUGUUGCCCCCUGUGGAAGGAGUGCACCUGCUUAGCAGUGGGGGUCAGCAGAGUUUCUUUGACUCUAGGACCCUAGGAAGCUUAACUCUGUCAUCAUCUCAAGUAUCUGCACAUAUGGUCUGAUGAAGCCUUUAAGUUAAAUGACAUUUGAAUCUGUCUAAUGUAUUUUCUUUUUCUUUUUUAAAAGCUAUGUGGAAACUCUCUGUAGUUUAUAAAAUGUACAUAUAAUAGAAAAUGAAGGCUCACUGGGUUUUUUGACUUUAUCAUGGUGAGAUUGUAAUUAUCUAUGGUAUAUAUGUAUGCUGUAUAUACAUAGCACAUGGAGUAUCACAGCCCCUAUUGUUCCCCUGCUUCAUCCAGUUGCACAGAGUAUUGGCAUGUGUGUAGUAUAUUUAAGCAAAGUUCUCAGACUCUUUUAAAAACAAGAUGGUAAACUUAAAACUUGGCAAUGAUACUAUCCAGAUGAACACUUAUAACUUAAUUUUAUCAGAAAAAUGCUCUAAACGGUUUCAUACUUGACGUGUUGAUAACCAAUAGUAACCAGCAUGUAGAGUCUUGUGAUUUCUGUUAUUCUUGGACACAGUGUGAGAAUCUAAAAUACAAAAGCCAGUUGAAGUCUUAGUGUUAGUUCUGAGGUAUUUGUAAUCAACUUUUUCACUCCUGCUUAUUCUUAUUUACCACAGAUACCAUAUGACCUUGGGUCUAUAAAAAAUCAUAACCCAUAAUAAUUGUUAUUUUCUUAAGGAAGGUAAAGGAGAGGCUUAUGAUUAUUUUUUUGACUUUGCAUUGGGCACAUAAGAGGUUCUUAUUCAUCUGUAGAGAACAAAUUUCCAGUAUUUUUUAUUUCUUGCUUAUUUUAAUUAUCAAAUAGACCGUUAAAGAAUGUUCUAUAACCAUUUUUAAAUUCCAAUUUUCACCAGGAGAGGAAUAUGUGAUAUGAAUGGAAUGGCAAAAGGAAAAUAAAUCCACCUCAAAUUCAUUGAUUCCAAUGAGAAAUGUCUAUCUUUUAAAUCAAGAGUAAUACUCUUGUUAACUAUACAUUAUGUUUUUGUAUAGUUUGAGCUUCCUGACCCAUAGUAUAUAAGUAAAAAAUGCAUUUAUGCUACUUAUUUAUAUCUUGUAAUUCUACACGUUCAAUCCUUUCCCCCUCCUUAACCUUGUCCGUCUGCCUGCGUCUUUGCCAAAACAGAUAGUUCCUAAGCCUGUAUGGUGUUAAAUAACGUGGUGAGGAAUUUCAGUGGGUUAUCUCCAGCAAUCUGUCUUUUGGGAGCUAUAGUGCAAAGGCCAAAGCCCAUUACUAUAAAGGCCCUCUUGGAGGACUAAGGAGGAAGAUACUAAUUAUGAUAAAGGAACUAUAAAACUUUUAACCUCAACAGAAUUUGUAACCUCAGAACUGGAGAAAUUAAAAUCAGUAUUAAAUGUUUUUAAUUCCUAAAAUAAUAUAUGCAUGGUUGAAUAGUUAAAAACAAGUAACUUUGAGAGCACAUUAUGAGAUAAAUGAAAAAGGCUAAGAAUACAUGAUGAGGCACAUUCCCCUUCUGAGGAGAAAGUAAAAUAACAUGUCUGUGCAUUGACCCAUUCAUUACAUUUCAUAUAUCUUAAGCAAAAGAGCAUGAUUUCCUCUCAUUGCUAAACAGAAUUGCUUUAACUCAUCCCUGGAUUUGGUGGGGAAAGGGUACAACUCCUGAUUUGCUGUUUCACUUUGAAACAAUACAAUUUGUUAGAUAUUUAGGGGGAUAUACUGUUGAAAUUGCACAGGAUGUGAUUCUGUUUAUACAUACUAACAAAUUUCCUUUUGGAUUCCUUAGCAGUUCAUCAAAUUAGUAUUGAAUUUUUAAAUUUAAAACUAGCUUGAAGGGACAUGAAAUAUUUGCAGUAGGUAGAUCUAUGUAAGAUGUUUGGGUAUGGCAUUAAUAGCUUGACAAAGAUUUGGGGAAAGGCGUUAAGAAUGAGUCCAUCUCAGCCGUAGUGCUUAGUGUGUAAUUCAAGAACAGAGAGUUUCCCAUCUUGAAAAAACAUGGAAAGUAAUGCUUUAUACCCAUAUGUAUUAAUAAGAACAUUUUCCUUCUUGCUGUUGAUAAUUUCAGAUGAUACUACAAUAUGAGUAUAAUUUUUUAUUAACCUUUUUUUGUGGUAAAAUUUUAGCAAUCUUGUACAAAUGCUGUUUGUUUUUUAGGUUUUACUGUAAAUAUUAAUCACCAUGUCACUUCAGAGACUAGCCUUUUAUUGCUGAAUUAAAUGACAUGCAUACCUGGAUAGUUAUAUAUCUGUAUUUUAUUAAAAAGUACUUAAAAUUAUAUUAAAGUGUGUUAUUAAACCCUUUUAUGAUUUUUGAGGGUAAUCAUUUUAGUGUCUAAAAAUAUUGUUUCUAGAAUAAGCACACACAUGCAUACCCCAAAUGCAAAUUCUGUACCUCUCAAUCACAUGGCAGAAAGAAAUGGGCCUGCUGUUCAUUCUUCAUGUGUUAAAUAUAAUUUCUUGGUGUGUUGACCAUGUCAUUGAAGGUGAAGGCCCUGACAAAUGUUGAACACAUGAAAAUUUGAAUGUGAGAGGAAAGGGAUGGGGUGGUAUGUUUUGUUUUGAGUCCAGGGGAGAAAAGCAAGGUUACAAGAAUGAGUGGCUUGCACCACUGACUAGUGAUGACAGAUUACUUCUAUGCCCCUUGACUAGUAAACAUUCCAAGGGACAUCGUGAUGGGGUGAGGUUGCUGCUAUCAAGACCGGUCACAUUUUGAAAAUUAACACUUGCUUCCUUACAAGCUGCCUUCCAGAGGUCAACAGCUUUUCACAAGUGAGGCACCCAGUUGCUGACCCUUGAUUUCUGGAAUGUAGGGGGUCAGGAAUCCUUGGUGGCCCCCAGAGGAGGUUGGGGCACAGCGUAACCUAUAUAAGGAAGGAUCAUACUCACUCUUUACAUCAAUUAGCAAAAUUCUGAGGAAAAGCAACCUCACUUUUAAAAUGUAAAUAGCUCUUCAUCACCUCUCCAGACCUAAUCCUACCAGUAACUCACACCUUAGUGUGAAAUUAAUAAACAGCAGCUUUGGAGAUAGCUGGAGGUUUGACUUGGAGGAACAAAAAGAGUAAUUUUUGCAGCAGGACAAUUCUGGGAAGAUUUGUAUGGGAAGGAGAAGGUGCAAGAAGAGAGAUCCCUAACUAAACUCUGCAGUGUCCCAUGAAGUCCUGGUGCAGAGCAUUAAAAAUAAUCAUUUCAUAAACUUCUUUCAGGAGCCUUGGUAGAGCUGUUGGAUGCUACCCUGAUGCUGUCUCUAAUUAGAGAGAUUUGUAAAGAAUGCUUUGUUGCAAAGUGUAACACAGUGUUAUUUCCUCAUGAGAAAUUUAUUGGCUCAUCUAAAUGAAGGUUUUUCUAAGCUUUCCCUUAAGAACUAAUUGUGUUAAAUUAUUACCAUGUUGUGUUUUAAUCUCAUUGUUCAUCCUUUCUAAAAAGAAAUGCUCAGAUAAGUUGAGAGUAAGGUUAAAUAUGUGAGCAGUUAAGUACUCAUACAUGAUUACAACAUUCUAGGAGCUCAAACCUUAAAAAUUAUCAGUGCUAGAAAUCGACAAAUAUAUUCAAGUAUACAAACAUUCAACAGAUAUAUAAACUUAGUAUCCCUCUACAUGCUGAUAGAUUUUCAAAUAAUGUGCUAUCUUUUCAUUGAACUUUGGUAUGAUGAGAACAACAUUGCCUUGGGAAUUAGAGAACUUAGUUUCAAACUAUGGAUUUCUCAAUCAUGAUUUUGGGUAAAAAAUUAGCUGCUUUAUGUCUCAGUUUUGGUAUGUGUGAAAGGAAUGGCUGGGAUGAUAAUUGUUACUAUUCCUUUUAGUUUCUAAUUCAUAUGGUCCUAUUAUAUAAAUAUUUAGCUUGCUAUUGGGAAACUAGUUUUAUAAAACUAUUGUAUCUUUUGGAAUAUAUUCUGUUUAUUUUUGAAUAUAUAUACUGUAUGGCUUUACAAAGAACAUAACACUAUCAGUAUUAUUUUUGAUUUGUUGAAUUUUGUGGAAUUUAUCCUUUAAAUGGAACUGUGCUUUAGUUUUAUAGGAUAAAUUUUAGUAUUUUAAUAUUAGAAGAAAGCUAUACUUAGUAACGUAUUUGCUACUUUAUAGUGAAUAGUAAAAGAUAUUAAUAAAAUUUCCUUUUCGUGAUGCUCUUAA